GACGAUUAGCUCUUCAACGUGACAUUAGUAUCUUUAUAUACUGACGACAUACGACCUCGACAAGAUUACGGCGCUGUUACAUAGAAUAUGUUUCAUCCCGAAGUUGCCGUAGACAUUGCGUUGUGGGUCAAGAUUCUUCCGAAUACAUAUUCAACAUGAGCACUACCGGCAGCAGUAUAAGAAACUCGAUGCUUAAGCAUUGGAGGAAUAGCAGCAUCUCCCUCGGCCGUAGCGGGAGCAAAAGGGGCAAAAGCGAGGACAAGGCCGCCAAGAGGAAUUCUGUUCAACCCGCCACUACUACUACUAUCACGACGACCAAGUCUCCCGAUUCUAAAGCAGAAGCUCCGCCUGUCAAGGCGCCCGAAAAACCGAUGGAUGAUAGUGCUGAGUCGACCGACGCGGCAACGUCCUCAUUCAAAGGUACCAGUCUCCAUGUGACGGUACACGUCGCACCAGAGAACGUCGAGAAGUUUCUAGCAGCAUUCAAGGAGGUUUUCGACGUCGUGGCUGCCGAACCCGACUGUCUAUUCUUUGAGGUUUACAAAUCCGCGGAAGAACCAGGCAAGAUUAGUUGGGUUGAGAACUGGGGGAAGGAUAUACAAUGGCUCAUGGCUAACCAAAUCACGAAACCAUACUACAAAGAGUACUUCGAGAAAACCGAGCCCAUGUUUCUCAAGCCUAGGGAGUUUCAAAUCUUGGAGCCUGUGGGGCCCGGAUUCACAAUGAGUAAGGCGAGCCAUUAAACGCUGGGAGGCUACUGUAGUUCGCAGUAGUUGGUCGACAGUACCGAUAAUUCCUGCUAAUAAUAGUAUACCAUAAUACAAAUAUCA